AUGAUUGGUCCCUUGCCAACAGCGCCAGGAGGAUUCAACAGAGUUCUAGUGGCCAUCGACAAGUUCACCAAGUGGAUCGAGGUCAAGCUUGUUACCUGCCCCAAGGUUGACAUGGUACUCGACUCCUUGGACGAAAUUGUGCAUCGCUACGGGUUCCCCAAUCGCAUCAUCACAGACCUGGGUUCCAAUUGCAACAACCACAGGUUCUGGAGUUACUGUGAGGACAGCGGGAUCGAUGUUCGGUACAUCUCCGUCGCUCACCCGCGGGCCAAUGGUCAGGUUGAGCGCGCCAACGAGAUGAUACUUAACACCCUGAAGAAGCGGCUGCACGACAUCUCCAACACUAAGGGUGCUAUACUCCCCGUCGACGUCAUGUGGAAGUCUCUAGCAGUCGAUCAGUACGAGGAAGGUGCCGCGGAAGAAGUCAGGCGGGUCGACAUUGACAACUUUGAAGAAGAAUACUGCACCGCACUUGUCCAAUCGGCCAGAUACCUCGAGGGUAUUCGUCGCUACCACGAUCGCAACAUCAAGGAACGCUCCUUCAACGUCGGCGACCUGGUUCUCCGCCGUAUCCAGAACACGGUAGGGCUCCACAAGCUCAACUCACCAUGGGAAGGACCAUACACAGUCGCCAAAGUCACUGGCCCUGGCUUGUAUCGGCUCCAAACUCUUGACAGUGACGCCAUCGACAACUCAUGGAUCAUCGAGAAGCUUUGUCGAUUCUACCCGUAG